GAUUUUGUCAAUCAUUUGAUUCUACUAUGUUUUCCUGAAUGUACACCUGUUGAACCAUUAAUAAAACAUGAUUGUCAACAUGUCCCAUUACUGGAAACAUAUAUUCACGACUGGGAGAGAUGGCUAUCUAAAAAGCAAUCAACAGUUAUACAUAUUGAGAAGUUAUUAAACCAACAAGAUGAACUUUAUCCAUUUAUGCAAUACAUGAAAUCAGUUAAAUCUAUUGAACCUUUAACAAUUUUAUUGUUAAUGUAUCAAAUUAAUUCACGUGUCUUAAAAUCUAUGCCAUCAUCAGAUGCUUGUCAUGAAAUUAGUGCACAAUUACAUCAUAUUUUAAGUAUAUUAAAUGGUCAAAUGUUUAAUGAUAAUAACAAUGGGGAUGAUGUUGACAUUAAUCAUCAUCAGCAGCAGCAUUAUGAUGAUGAUGAUGAUGAUCAUCAUCAUCAUCAUCAUCAUCAUUCUAUUUAUCAAAUAUCUAAAAUGAUUACACAUAAUCAAUCCACUAAAACCUUACCUACAAUAAAUGGUAGACGUUUACAAUUUUUCAAUGUAUCUAAUGAAUUUGAAGAAUUAUUAAAAGUUUGUUUAAAGUAUUGUUCACCGGAGACAAUUAAUCAACUUGUUAAUACACCACAAUGGAAAGAGUGA